AUGGCACAGAAACGAUCAGCAACCUCGUCAAGUGCUGAGGCCUCCACAACCUCCCUUCCUUCCCAUGCAACGAAAAAGACACGAUUUGUGGAGCCCAGCGAAGAUCCAACCAACUUUGCCGAGGAAGUAGACGCGGCACUCGAGACCCCUUCCACGCAACGCAAAGGCCGGGUUAAGACUGAGGGAUAUGAGUCGGAUUCUAGCGACGACGGAGAGGGCGUGGUGUAUAGUCGGAGGAAGGACAAGCAAGAAGAUACCGCGGAAGAAGAAGACAUGUUCGCCAUGGCAGACAAGGAGGAGCAUGCGGACGACGGCGGUAAGAAGAAGGAAAGCUACUUGAGGUUAGGAGAUAUCGAGGGACAGGAGUUCAACGAAGCGCAAGGAGAAAGCGAUUCAGACGAGGAUGACGAGCCAGAAGAUGAGGACGAUGCGGAACGACGGAAAAAGGCCGGCAUGGGUUACGAACUGUCAUCAUUCAACAUGCGAGAGGAGAUGGAAGAGGGCAAGUUCUCGGCGGAUGGGACUUAUAUCAAGACUUUCGAUCCUCACAGUGUACACGACCGGUGGAUGGAAGGCGUUAGCGAAAAUGAUAUCAAACUCGCUAGACGUCGGAAGAAGCAACAGGAUCGUGUCGAGAAGGAAAGGAUGAAAGCCGAAGAGAGAGAGUUGGAACAGAGUGGAGGAAGGGGUGCUCUAGAGAUCCAACUCCUUGGACUUCUUAAGCGUGGGGAGACGGUAUUGGAGGCACUAUCGCGGUUGGGUAACAGAUUGCGGAAGAACCAACAAAAUAACAACCCUUUAAAACCUGACCCUAGGAAGCUUCCCAAUGGGAAGACGAAGAAUGAUUCAGACAUUGACCUCAUAACUCACCUGGCAUCCAAGGUCCUCUCCCUUGGUGAUGUCGAUAUCUAUUCAAAAACUUACGAGGAGCUUGUUCGCUCCGUACGUGCCAGCGGACAAGUGGCUCAAGAUUGGAUGCCCCCUUCAGCAGAUAUAAAGUACGAGUACAGGUGGAACGUCGUCGGGGCAGAGACUGGCGACACUUUCGGCCCAUUUAGUGAGGAUGAGAUGAAAAGAUGGCACAAUGCAGCAUACUUUGGACAAUUUGGAGAGAAGGUGAAAGUAAGGAGCGUUGGGGGCGAAUGGGGCGACUGGGACGAUGUCCUCGGAUAG